AUGAUGGUGACCAUCAUCGCACUGCUGCCGCUGCGUACUCUGUGUCACGUCAAGGUCCUGACCCGAUCAGCGAUCCGGUUCAAACGCUCACGUCCUCAACGCCAGUCCCGCACGCGACUCAGAUCUGAGAUCAAGUACGCAAUGGCAGGUCCAGCCAAGAAGCGCGCGCAGGCCGAGAAGCAGUCCAACGGCUCGUCCAACGGCUCCUCUUCUGAGUCUCGCGACCCUACUCAGCGCUCCGCCCCGAAGUCCAUUCCCCGUGUCGAUGGCAACCGCGAUCCUAACGUCCGGGCUUGCGUUGACUACACCGACCCCCGAGACCUCAAGAACAUCUCCGAUUUCCUUGGUAUUGCCGGUUGGUACCAGGCUCGUGGUCUCACCAUCCCGGGCUCUCUUCCUCAACGUCCCAAGAACUUCAACCAGUUCGGCAAGGCCGCCAACAUCGUGCUCAACACCUUCAACGUCGUCAAGGCCCCCGACACCGUCGUCCAUCAGUAUGAUCUCAACUACAGCGGCGACGCCCUCGACUACACCAAGCGUGUCCUACUGAAGAAGAUCUGGAACUCCCCUACUAUCAAGGCCGAGCUUGGUGAGCCCGCCAACCUCUGGGUCUGGGACACCAACAAGCUGGCUUGGUCCGGUAAGCGUCUGCCCCGUGACGAUACCCGCAUCACUGUCGACCUCGAUGAGGAGGAGGGCCGUCCUACCAAGCCGGGAGCGCGUGGCAACAAGCACACCAUCCACGUCCGCUGGACUCGUAAGGUCGACUUCAUCAACUUGAACGCUUUCCUCGAUGGCCAAGCUUCUUGGUCUAACGAGUGUAUCGACACGAUCAACUUCCUUGACCAUGUCAUGCGCGAGUGGCCUUCUCAGCAGUACACUCAAAUCAAGAAGUCUUUCUUCCAGCGCGGAGAAACCCGCUUCGACCUUGGCGGUGGUGUUGAAGCCUUCAAGGGUGUCUUCGCGUCCCUUCGCCCCGUUUUGGACGACAAGUUCAAGAAGUCACUGUCGGUCAACGUCGAUGUCGCCAACGGCACCUUCUGGCGUGCUCAAGAGCUCACCCGCGCUAUUGGCCAAGUCUUCAACUGUAACCCGCCUCAGUUCGCCACCAUGUACAAGAACGCCACUCGUGACUGGAAGGGCUCCAUGCUCAAGAGGGACCUCCGCAAGUUCAAGAAAGUAGGUGUAUCUACGACACAUACUAAGGAGCCUACGCAAUGGACGAUCGAUGAAUUCGUCAACUUGGACGCUUCCCAGGCGACUUUCCCGGAUCCCGAUGACCGCUCCAAGAAGAUCUCGGUUGCUCAGUACUUUAAGAAGAAGUAUGGCGUCACUGUCAUGGCUGGUCUGCCGGUAGUCAAGAUGACCAAGAAGAUCCGCAAGGAGCCUGUCUAUAUGCCUGUCGACGUCCUGAAGAUCGACGGCAACCAGCGCUACACCACCAAGCUCAGCGAUACCCAGACGUCCCAAAUGAUCAAGUUCGCCGUCACCCUUCCCAAGGAGCGUUGGGCCGCUGUUCAACAGGGAGUAAAGUUGCUCAACUGGCAGAAUGACCCCUACCUCCGCCACUACGGCCUGAAGGUUAGCUCCGCGCCUGCCAAGGUGACAGCUCGUAUCCUCCCUUCGCCCACCGUUCACUUCGGCGCCGGUUCCAAGGAAGCCACCAUCAAGCCUGCGGACAUGAUCGCCGGUCGCUGGAGGUUGGACGGUCGCAAGUUCGCCAUGAACAACAAGGAGCGUCCUAUCAAGGCGUGGGGUGUCUGCUGUGUCCAAGGUCGUGGCAGCCCUCCCCCUCAAGCCAUUGAAGCCUUCUUCCAGAAGUUCGUCCAGAUCUACGAAGCCCACGGUGGACUUGUAGCCGCGCACCCUCAGCAUGGCAAGAAGCCAUGGAUGGGUCCCGGUAACCUUGCUGAUGGUGGUGAGAUGAUCCAGAAGGUCUGGAACCAGACUGGCAACAAGUACGCCAUGCCACCUAAUCUGCUCUUCUUCGUUGUCAACGACCGCAAUGUCGACGUCUACCGUCGCAUCAAGAAGUCUUGCGACAUUCGAUUCGGUGUGGCUUCGCAGGUUCUUCAGGCCAAGCAUGUCAUGUCUGCUUCGCCCCAGUAUAUCUCCAACGUCUGCAUGAAGGUCAACGCUAAGCUUGGCGGAGCUACUUCGGUUGCGAAGUCUCAGCUCAUUCCCAAGGUUGCCCCGAAGUCAGCAUCGAUUCCCACCAUGGUUGUUGGCGCCGACGUCUCUCACCCUGCUCCCGGAGCCGCUUCAGGUGAGGCUGCAUCCUUCGCUGCCAUUACGGUAUCCGCCGACGUUCACUUCGCCAAGUACUGGGCUGAGGUUCAGACCAACGGUAACCGCGUGGAAAUGGUCACAACCUCCAACAUCAACGACCACUUCGGGUUCAUGGCCAAGAACUGGAUGCAGAAGAUCGGCCAGGGCAAGCCUCCUCAGCGUGUACUCUAUAUUAGAGAUGGCGUGAGCGAGGGACAGUACGCCGCUGUCCUUGAGGAAGAAGUCCAUGACAUGAAAGAAUGCUUCAAGAAGCUGGGCUGCAAGGAGAUCCCCAAAUUCACCGUCGUCAUUGCUGGUAAGCGCCACCAUAUCCGCUUCUUCCCUGAGGCUGGCAAAGGCGACCGCAACGGCAACCCUCUUCCCGGUACUUUGGUAGAGACUGGCUGCACCCAUCCGUUCGAGUUCGACUUCUAUCUCUGCGCCCACGUUGCCAUCAAGGGUACAGCUCGCCCCAUCCACUACCAGUGCAUCCUCAACGAGGGUGAGUGGCUGUCGGCCGAGCUCCAGCAGUUUAUCUUCGAGCACUCAUACCACUAUGUCCGCUCUACUACUCCGGUGUCCCUGCACCCUGCGGUCUACUACGCCCACUUGGCUGCCGACCGUUCCCGUGCUCAUCUCAACGACAACCCGGUCUCGUCUGGCAAGAAGGAGUCCAAGGCCGACCAGCAGUCUUCCACUGGUUCAUCCAAGCAGAACGUCGAGAUCGCUCCGUUGAUGCCGAUGCAGAACGCACGCGGCCUCAGGGAUGUUAUGUGGUACAUCUAA